AUGCCAGGUCUGUCCAGUAGCGUCUCCGCCGUGACAGUCGCAGAGUAUUCAUUUCCCACGCGGACCCGCGCCUUUUCAUCCACCACUACAUUCUCCGUCACCGCCAUGACCAGGGUAUCCUCGCUCUUGGCCGAGCCGCGCCGGAUUUCCUCGUCCAUGGCCGCAGUGGUAUCCAACAGGGCCUCUUGGGCCUCCGGCAGCGAUACCCGGGGCAAGACUUUGUUAGUCGCGGCGACUUUUCUUGACCGAAUUCAAGGGCAGUGCUCUCAGCCUCCUGGGCGGGUGACUCUAGUCGGGCUCGGCGGUAUCGGAAAAUCUCAACUGGCUCUCGAAUAUGUCUAUCGAGCAACAGAGAAGCAAAAGGAUCUCUGGAGCGAGGGUUUAUGA